UCCAAUUCCAAUCACUUCAAUUCCCCGGGGUGACCAAAAAAAAAACUCUGAGUGAGAGAGAGAGAGCGAGAAGAAUGAGGAAGCCAGAGUUCUCGUCCGGCAAGAACGGCGCGAACGUCGGCAACAGUAACAUGAACAGCAGCAGCGACGGCGGCGGCGGCGGAAACAACGUUGGUGCUAAGCUUCGGAAAGGGUUGUGGUCGCCGGAAGAAGACGAAAAGCUUAUGCAUUACAUGCUCUCCAACGGCCAAGGGUGCUGGAGUGAGGUGGCGAGGAAUGCCGGCCUGCAGCGCUGCGGCAAGAGUUGCCGCCUCCGAUGGAUUAACUACCUCCGCCCCGAUCUCAAACGCGGCGCCUUUUCGCCGCAGGAAGAAGAGCUCAUUAUCCACUUGCAUUCUCUCCUCGGCAACAGGUGGUCACAGAUUGCGGCACGUUUGCCUGGACGUACGGACAACGAAAUCAAGAACUUCUGGAACUCAACACUGAAGAAGAGAAUGAAGAACUCAUCGUCGUCACCCUCCACGACGUCACCAAACACGAGCGAUAAUAAUUCCUCGUCCUUGGAGCCCUGCAGGGACAACAACAUCAUGGGAGCCCUAAUCUCCUCCUCAUCAAUGCCGCAAGAUCAUCACCACCACCACAACAACGGCGGCGCCGCCGCCCUAAUGUCGUCAAUGUACAUGCACGACCCAUCCUCGUCCUCGUCGUCGUUCUCGUCCUCCCUGCCCCUAACCACGGCGGCGGACCCGCUCCCGAUGCUCGGGCACAGCUUCUCCGCCGCCGCGGCCUCGUUCAUGGAAACCGGCCACGCGCUCGGCGGCGGCGGCGCGUAUUACGGGGACCACCACGGGAUAUUCGGCGGAAAUAUCGGGGCGGAAGAAGGGCCGCCGCCAAACCAUCUCUUCAUGGUUCCACCGCUGGAGAGCGUCAAUAAUGUGGAGUGCCACGUGGUGAAAUCCGAGGGUUUUGUGAAUAACAACAAUAAUAUAAACACCAACAUAAACAACCAUUUCAUGAAUAACAACAACGUUAAGGUAGAGAAUGUGGGAGGGGGGUUUGGGAGCUAUUGGGACAAUGGAGGAGAAUGGGACUUGGAAGAGUUGAUGAAAGAUGUCCCUAAUUCCUUUCCAUUUCUUGAUUUCCAACUUGAAUAAUCCAUUAUAUUAUUAUUACUUCCAAUCCUUUUAAUUCCCUUAAUUUUAAUGUCCCAUUCCCCAUAUAUAUAUAUACUCACACUACAUACACAAAAUACCUUGUACCGAAUUAUAACUGAUUGAAUUGUAGACAGGAAAUUCCGAUACAUGAAAUAAAAGGUGCAAGAAAUUCUUGUAUA